ACGAUUAUUCAUUUGUUACAUUUAUAUGAAACAAGUACUUCCGUCUUUCAUUUAUCUCAGCUACAUUUCAUGCCAAGGAUCCUUCAACGAGCAAGGAGAUGGCUCUCGUCGAAUACACUCCUCCAAGCAUAGGUUAUACUAGCUCUUAUCCUCCUCCUUCCCAAGGUUCGUCGAGUUUCACAGCCAUAGGUACAAUUGAAGGCAAAUUCGACUGUGGUUAUCUGGUUAAAGUUAAGUUGGGCUCAGAGAUUCUUAAUGGCGUGCUUUACCACUCAGCCCAGCCCGGCCCACCAACACCAACUGCUGAUCCAAUAGGUGCCGUUGUACCAUACGUGGAAGCUGGGAGGAGACGACGUAUCUAAACACUCUGGAUACGUAAAAAACACAUCCAAAACAUACAUAAUUUUCAGACGCUCGCCGACAUAAUCGUCUUGCUUCUAUCCAGAGGAUAAUGGUAGAAACGGAAGCAGCAGGAGAUCUGUUCCUGAUGAUGAUGACUACGGC